UAAAUUACGAGUUGAUGAACGGAAUCGAACCAAAACAUUGAUCGCCAUUUCUUCUUGUUGUUGGCCUGAGAGAAGAACAUCACACUAGGAAGAACAUCGCCAGUUUCGUCACUCCCACGAAUUCGUGUGUGUGAAUGUGUUGUUGUUCUCUAGUUUAACUGAAAAAGAGCCUGAUGCGGGGAACACUCCUUAGAGUACUGCCAACCCUCACUCGAGAACGGGGGUCACUUCCUGCCAGUCGUUUUACCAGUCUCGACACUACCCUGGUGCCUAAGCCAUGCAGUGUGAGGGGCCAUUCAGCGCUUGCAAGCGCUCGGAGAAGAGAUAGCAAUAGGUGUCUCACCCCCACUGCAACGACAGAACAAGAGAGGGGCUACAAAAACUUUGGACAUGCUGGAGAACCACCUUUGAAGAGAUUUACCAAGAUAUAUUACUUUAUUAUAGGGGCGGGAAUAAUUUACUUUUCCUUCAGCUGGAAACGGAUUUGGAAGCUUUUAACUGUCGAGGCAGCGGAAGUAUCUGAAACAGAUGCUGCUGAGCAUCAGCAGGAGAGUUUCACCAAAGAGGAGGCAGAACAUUCAGAAGGCUCUUUGGAGUCUGCCUCUGAAGACUCAGAAGGGGAAGAUACUGGAGCCGAGGAACCCAGGAAGAAGAAGCGUGUUGGAUUCAGAGACAGAAAGAUCAUAGAGUACGAAAACAGAAUCCGGGCUUUUUCAACACCAGAUAAAAUUUUCCGCUACUUUGCUACCGUCAAGCUCGUCCAAAAGACCGCCAAUGGGUCGGAAAAGACCGUGGUUUACAUGACUCCCGAUGAUUUGCUGCGAUCAUUGACGCCAGGAAUGCAACAGCCAAAUGGUCUUGGCCUUGACCAGUUUAAAAAGUAUGACCCAAAGGAACAUCAGAUAGGGAAUGAAUUUGAAAAAGGACCUACAGCUCCUUUGUCAACCUUUUUUGAAGAGAACACUUCCAGCAAAUUAGAACUUGCUCUGGAUGAGGAUUCCAUCUUUUACAAACUUGGAAGUUCAGGACUCAUAUCGUUUUCGGACUUCAUUUUCCUUCUCACUGUGCUUUCAACGUCUCGGAGACACUUUGAAAUCGCCUUCCGAAUGUUUGACCUCAACGGUGACGGCGAUGUCGACUACGAAGAGUUUGAUAAAGUUGCAACUUUGAUUCGUAACCAGACCAGCAUUGGCGCACGUCACAGAGACCACGCCAAUACUGGUAACACUUUCAAAGGUGUAAAUUCUGCUCUCAGUACGUAUUUCUUUGGCUACACUUUGAAAGAGAAGCUGACCAUUGAAAAGUUUUUAGACUUCCAGCAGCAACUUCAGCAAGAAAUCCUCAGUCUGGAGUUCCGUCGCAAGGGACCUGACGAAAAUGGUUUGAUUCCUGAAUCUGAGUUUGCCGAACUGCUUUUAGCUUACGGAGGUUAUACAACCAACAAGAAAGCAAAAAUGUUGAAGAGAGUGAAAAAGGCCUUUAAGGGAGAGGCUUCCCUUGGUAUAAGUCGAGAUGAUUACCUCAAGUUCUUCCAUUUCCUGAACAACAUCAAUGAUGUGGACACAGCUCUUACGUUUUAUCACAUUGCUGGAGCUUCAAUUGACCCAGCCACCUUGAAGCAUGUUGCCAGAACUGUAGCCCAUGUACAACUGUCAGAUCACGUUGUCAAUGUAGUCUUCACCCUCUUCGACGACAACAAUGAUGGCCAGCUCAGCAACAGAGAGUUUGUAGCAGUUAUGAAGAACAGACUUCAGAGAGGUUUGGAGAAGCCUAAAGACACAGGGUUCGUCAAGCUCAUUGCAUCCAUGUUUAAGUGCGCCAAGGAGACGAAGCCCGUACUCCUGGACAUAUGAGGAAAGGUUCGCACACGGGAUGCCAAAGUGAAGGAAGCCAAGUGGGAGAAUCACUGCAAGGGAUGCAAUUGCCGAGGCAAUAGCAACCAUCAGCAUGAAAACAACGAAAAUGGCAGUGAAGCUAAAGAUAAGGAGGAAUAAUUCUGUUUGGAUUCCUCAAACUAAAGGCGUCCUCAUUUUAAGCAUAGGUAAUGAAUGUUUUGAUUUUAUGUCGAAUUUCACUCUGGUGUCCUGUUGUGUGCGUGAUCCCGUGUUUGAAGUCUCUGAUUGAUAACUGACUCGGCAGUUGAAGGACUGCAAAACUUUUUGUAACUAGUAUAGUUUGUAGAUGAAGCUGUUUAUUAAGGCAGUGUGUAAUGAGUGAUACAUGGAAAAUUUGGAUUCUAUUUAUUGUACUUAAUAUAUUGAAUUAAAGACAAAACAUAAAAAUUUCAGUAGUCUUUGCAAUAUGUUAGUAAUUUUGGAUUGUGUAUAGAUAUUUUGUCUUUUCUUUUUGUCAUUUUAUUUAUUUUUACCCUUGGCAAUAAUUCUUUGGGAAUUACCAGUUGCAUUGAAAUGAUUCAAAUGUUGAUCCUCACCCUUGCCUUUUAUCAGUAAUGUUAAUUCACCUUUAAGUAUUUUGAAUAACUAGAUCUUUUGAAAUGGCUUUUGAAGUAAUUGCCAUAGCCAUUAUGUAGUAUAAAAUUGUUUAAUGUGUUGUCAAAUGACCAGUGUUUUGAAGCUUUCAAUAAGAAAUUUUAAAACAAUUUUACAGGUUGGUCAUAUGACAUUUCAAUUUAAGUGAUUUAGUGACAUGAGUAAAGGUAGUAUUGGAUGGUGCCUGAGAAAAAAAGUUCACAAAGUCCAUGCCUCAAAACUCAAAGAGGCUCAUGAACAUUUAGAACAUACAUGUCAUUGUUAUGUUAAAAGUUGAAGAUUUGAAGAAUGUACAAUUGUACAAGUCGUACUAAAUGGCCAAGUGCCUAAGGUCUCAUCACAAAAGAAGAGACCCAUCUGUAUCCAGUAUUAUUGGAGGUAUCCCCGGAGAUAGUCAGUCAGGGUUUGUGGGGUUUUUCUAUAUGAACGGUACAUGUGUUUGAUAGUCUAUCAGUAAUAAUUCCAUAUGAUAAUAGAACAUGCAGAAAGAUAUGUAUACUAGGGAAAGUGCUGUCUUUAAUAUAUAAUACAGUAUAGUGCUUAGAUAAGUUGGUAGAGAUGAUGUUGCCCACUGAAAUUGUAAUUAGUAUCUCAUAGCAAAGUUGUAGUGUGGAUACGGAAGCCUAGUACAAGGUCUUGUUUGUACAGGAAUAGAAAUCCUAGGUUCUCCUUUCAAUAUCAUUAUUACUAGUAUUACUCAGAUUUCUUGAAAACAGUAUUUAUUGUCUUAAAGUAGGUACAAAAAUACUGUACUGGUAGAAAUUAGCUGGACAUCUAACAAAGUUGUUGAUAGUUUAACACUAACAUAAUUAUGUAGGAAUUGUGCUGUCAGACUUGCAGAUGUGAGUAUUUAAGAGUUUUUGAUCCACUUGUUUAUUUUUUUGUAUUAUGCAGGUAGAUUAAGAGUCAGUUUUGGUUUAAAGAAUGAUAGACGUAAAGUAUUGGAAAUACUGUAGAACUGAUAGCACUCAUAACUGUGAAAUAUAUUUAUCAUGGUAAAGAUUUAGUAAGAGUAAAGUAACUUGAAUGUGAUUAGUAACACACAAACCAAGGAGUAUGUGUAUUUUCUUCACAAGAUAUUUUUAGGCAAAUCACUUUUCCUUCUUCAUUUUAACAUCCUUUGAGAUGCAUGGACUUUUGAAGUAUAUAAAGCAUAACGUUUCUAAAGGAACCACAUGUUAAAGAAGGCCAUUUUGAUACUUGUAUCAGAAUGUUUAAAAUAUUAUAAUUAUUGUUGCUAGAACCAUACAAUACUCAUAUUUACGGGUGAGAGGUGAAUGCUAUACUAUUCUCUAAGAAAAGCUGACAGCUUUUUUAUGUUCUUGCCAGUGAAUUCUGUAGGUAGUUGGUUCAUUGUAUUGUCAGUCUUGGUUUUUUUUUUUUUUUUUUUUUUUUUUUUUUUUUUUUUUUUUUUUUAAGCAUUUAGUUUUAUUUCAUUUGUAUACUGGUUAUGGAUAGAGCAGCAUAAGCAGUUAAUUCUAUCUUCACUUAGAUACUGUAGUUUCUUAAAUUUCCUAUUAAUAUACCAGUGGUGCUAAUUACGCUGUGUUAAGAAAUGUUUUGUUUUAGUGCGUCUGUAGACUUGUAUGUAAUAGUGGUUUAUGUAGUGCUGUGUGCAACUGGUGUGGUUAGUGUCCCAUUUCUUCACAGAGAAGCAUAAAUAAGAAACUACUUAUCGGUGGAAAAUUGCUAUUUAUCCUCUGGGGCUUUUCAUAUUUGGUGUUGGUCUAAUAUGAAAGUAAUAAUUAAUGUCCUGUGAAGUUGCUUUGAGCAUUGCAGUAUAAUAUUUGCUUUCGGAAUGUCCAUUAAAGUAGGUUAUUUAUGCCUGUAUGCACUUCAGAUUUGUUGAGAUUUUGAAUUAUAUUCAGGGUCUUAAGGAAUCAUAUAAAUGGAAGGGAUUUUUUUUUUCUUUUUUUUGCUUUGUACAGUAGUUGAAAGGAGAGGUUUUUUGUUCAUUAUAAACUAUCAUUAAGAAUUAUUCAGAUAAAACUUGUAAAAUUCCCAAAAUUCAUAGUGUAUCAUUUAAAUUUUCUUUUUUGUUUGGGGAAAACUAUCAUGAGAGUUCAUAAAAUAUUCUAAAGGGCCCACGAUAAUAUAAUUGUUGAAAAUUAAAAAAUUUUAGGUUGUAUGGUAUGUUUUGCAGUUGUACUUAUUAUUGCUAUGGCUGUGCUCAGAAAAUUAAGUUUUGUAGGUAUAGAACUUUAUGAAAGAUAGUUUUUAAAUAGUCUUAAGAACUAUAACAAGUAAAUUGUUUUAAAUUAUUGGUGGUAGUAGCAUAAAGGUUUCUCUUAGCUCACAUUAUGUCUUAUCUCUUUUUGGCUAUUCAGGAUUUUAUUAAUCUCUUCAUUAUCUGUUCUUGUGGAUGUUUAUAUUUUAGUCUUAAGUUUUAUGUAUUUAUUUGAAUGUAUAUAUAUAGUAUAUAUAUUAUUUUGACCCCUGUAGGAAGUGGAAUACCAAAGUAACUGUGUAUUUAGAAAAGAAAACUACUGUACUAUGAGGGUUAAAUGAAUUGCUUUAGCUAAUUUGCAGAAUGUUUAUGUGACCGUUGUUUUUUAAGUAAGAUUCACUUUACCUGUAUUUGAAUUUGGUAGAGGGUUCCUACUUGAAAGUGUGUGUGGCACUCUAGAAGAUACUAAAGGUCCUUUGCAGUGUAUCUUCAACCUAUAUUGCAUUGAUUUUGCUUUUUAGAUUCCACCUAGCUGUCUGUCUAAUUUCUUUCUAACAUUACCUUCUGUUCCUCUCAUUUUAUUUUGUAGUAUUGUAGAAGGGGUCUUUAGGUGAUUCUUCUGAGACUCUUUAUAAUGCAAGACUGUAGUCUCCAGUUUUUCAUUUGAAAUUUUUAAAAGUUUUAUUUUGAACAUUCACAUUCGUGUCAUCCUGAUGAUUUAAUAGUACUAUAGCACAGGAUUAAGGCACAGGAUAAUUAACAGGUUUUACAGUAAAGGACAUUUUCUUUGCAGCAUUGAUCAUUGAAGUGAUAGGUAUUCCUUUGGGCAUUCGCUGAGAAUUCGUAUAGUUUGCAAAACCAAGCAUGAUAACUUUAUAUUCCAAAGUCAUACACGAUAUACAAGUACUACCAGGUUCAUAGUCUUUCAUAUACUAUAGCAGAAUUGGGAAACAAAGUAACUGAGGCUAGUGACUGUCUCCAAACUAAAGCAGGUUGGGUAUAAUUAGCUUUUUUGUCUUUCUUUUUUAUAUGUUUUUAUGCAUUUUUUUCAUGUAAUGUCUAUUUAUUAUGUUUUUAGCAAAUAUGUUUCCAAUGUAGAUAAAGUUAGCCGUUGACCAUUCAAAGGAAGAUUGCAACUUAUUUAGAAAAGUAAUGAAAGACUGUUAAAUUUAUAAGUUCUGUUAUGAAGGUGUACUAUGUAGUGUAUGAGUUGUGUAGCAAUGUACCAAGUUUAUUUUCCUGAUCAUCAUCAUUACAAGUUACUGUGAGACCAUCAAGUCUUAUUUCUAGAUUCUCAUAAGGAUUACCUGAAGGAUUCUUCUGUAAAUGAGAAAAGAAUAUUGAAGUAGAGAGAGGCCAGAGGGAAUAGAUGAAAGUAUGUUAAUGGAGACACACCACAAGUGGCUUCCCUUCUACAGGGAUUUUUCUUGGUAGAUUGGCAGAUUGCUUUGCUCUACUGCAAGAAGAGUUGAAAAGAAGUAAUUAAGGGGAGUGUGAGGUACAUUUAAACAGUAUUUACUAUGUAAGCUUGAAGACAACCAUAUGAAAGUCAGAACUCCAUCUUGAUUCUCACAUUUAGUAUUCUUUGUAACUCCCGUUGCAGGGUGUUUGGAAUACUGUAGAGUCUCGUCUCUGUUGGUACAGUAUAUGUAUUGUAGUUAAGAGCUCAGUAAGUUUGUCGUAACUAAUCAAAAUAUAGUUCUCUCUUCUCUGUGUUUUGUCAAGUUGAACUUUCUUUGCCUCUCAUUUCUGAUUUUACGUGUCAAAUUUUUCUAAAUAUAACCAGCAGACUGAUGGCCUUAACCUUUGGAAAAUUAUUUUAUGAAAUUGCAGUCCAAACUAUUUGUUUAUUAACACUUUAUAUUUGUCAGUCGUUUAGAUAGAAUGUACUGUGUAUUUUAAAAGAAGAUUGUGCUAAAUUAAACAGAUACCCACUUAACCUAUGUCAAAUUGCAUUUUCAAUGUGACACGUCAACUUGAUCAAAUGCUUUCCAUCUGUUCACAUCUGCUCAGUCUAGUUUUGUGUUACGUCAUGUAGGUGAUCUGAAGUCUAGUCCAUUUUAUCCUGUAAAGGGUUGAACGUUAAUCCCCAUCCAUUAGUUUUUAGCUGUAGCUCAGAGUUUUAUUCAUCAUAUAAAGCAUUUAAUAUUUAAAUGUUUUGCCUUGCGUAAAAAUACUGUACUUGUUUGUAUGUUACAGUUUUUUACCAAAAUUUUAUGCUUGAAGUAAAAUUUUAAAACUUUGUGAAGAGUUUUGUAAGUUCAAGUCUUUACUAUUGAGUUUUUAUUCUUUUUAAGUAAAAUAUGUACUACAUUUAUGGUAUUGAAAUUAUAUAGUAAUUGAAAAGUAAAAUUUUAGUUAUAUAGUAAUUGAAAAGUAAAAUUUAAGUAAUUUAACAAGACCAUUUUAGAUGGUGAGGGCAGUCUGUAGCUGUCUUGAUACCAUACCAGUUGGAGAAACAACUAUUAAAAAAUUACUAGUACGUAAUCUAAAUUUGUGAAAGUUAAAAAUGGUACGAAUGACUUAAGAUAUUGAUUCUCAGUGUUGAUUGAAGAUGUAUGCAAGUUUCAUAUAUUUAUGGAGUAUGAUUUAUUGUAUAUAAUGAUAUGAAUGGCGUCGUUUUGGUGUGAAUUGUCCAUCCAUCCAUCCUAAUGUUAUUCCCUUGUUGUUGUUUUGUAAAAUUUCAGGGUUGUUUGAAAUUGUACCUGUAAAUCAUUUAAUAAUCAGUGAUUGUUAAUAAAGUGUAAGAUUGA